AUGCCAGGACUAUCAUUGGUUGCAAUAGCUCGGUCAUGUUCUUUGAAACAAGAUCUACUACAGACAACCACUAAACCAGUUGUGAAAAUACGUUCUAAAGUAAAACGUCGAUCUACUGUUGCACAUGUCAGUCAAAGAAAAUCCGGUUCAUUAUUCACUAUCUCAUCGAUUUACAAACCGAAUAACGUACCGGUAUCAACUAACACUAAUCAAUUAUCAUGUGAAAAAUCAAUUAAUACCAUACAAUCAAGAAACAAUCAUAAUAAAUCAGCAACUACUCAUCAUACUUCUUUUAAAGUUACUGUAUGUCCUACAUGGAUAGAUAAAUCGAUGAUCACUAUAGAUUUACCAUCUAUUAAACCAAUUAUAUCUAAGAAAAUUUGGCGAACUGAAAUCAAUUUACCAAUUUUAUCACCAAUAAUAAAAAAGAAUCAUAAUGUUGAUAAUAUAAAAUCAACAAUCAUAUAUGAUUAUGGAAAAUCUCAACAACAACAACAACAAGUAAAUACAAUUCACAUUCUCAUCUACACUAUACACAGCUGA